GAUGACCAUUUUUUUCUUUUCCAAAUUUCUCUCUAUAAAAAUACUAGAUGAAGCAAACAACACACAAAAGAAAACAAAUUUGUUAAAACUCUCAUUAAGUGAAAAAUAUGAGGAACAUUACUACUACAACCCGAACAAUGUUACUGCUUGUGAUUACAAUUUUGAUGGGGAUUGCGUAUCAUGGAGAAGCCAUAGCAUGUCCGCAGGUAAACAUGUACUUAGCACAAUGUUUGCCUUAUCUUAAAGCUGGAGGAAAUCCAACUCCGAUGUGUUGCAACGGACUUAAUAGUCUAAAAGCCGCUGCGCCUGCGAAAUCCGAUAGACAAGUAGCUUGCAAUUGUUUGAAGAGUGUAGCUAAUACAAUCCCUGGAAUUAAUGAUGAUUAUGCCAAACAACUCCCUGCUAAAUGUGGUGUUAAUAUAGGAGUCCCUUUCUCUAAGACUGUUGACUGUAACAGCAUAAACUGAAAAGAAGUCUUGAAUACCAACGCGCCAUGCAGCUACAAUAAAGUGGAUAUCCUAAAAGACCAAAAGCAACAAUUUCUAGUAUUUAUCUUCUGAUCAUAUGUUUUAUAGAUGUAAAUAUAUCAUAUAGUUCUUGCCAAAUAAAAUGUGAUAUUCCCACAUGUACAUAUUCCUCUUUCGUACUCAGUCUCUUAAAACGCAACUCCUAAAAGUUUCUGAAAUUUAUACUUUAAAAUCCUUGCAAAGAUA